UUCAAAGUGAGAAUGUGCCGCGCAUAUACGCAGGGUGUGUUCGAUUCCCAUCAGCCUUAUGCUGUGCCGGGCGGGUAGCCAAGAACAAUUCUCCGCCUUCCCGACGGAUUCGUCAGCCAUCCCGUCAAAGACGUCCUACCUUAAGUAUCCGAACUAAGUAUCCGAACGCUAGGUGGGCGUGAUAAAACCACUACCGGAGAGUCACCACUUGCUGAAUCACGAAAGGAGUGGCCGGUGCUGUGAGUAGUACGAAUAACCAGCAUCGCGUUUGACGUCUCUGUGCGGAAGAGCGCGAAUACCCGAACCGGUUGGAAAUCUGAUACGAAUCAAACAAAAAAGGGACCAAAUGAUGAUUGACGGCGACAAAAAGUGGCAGGAAAGUGCCAAAGCGACUCUUGAGCGGACUACCUUAGGGCGCGCGCGCUGAACCUGGAAGUGACAAGCACCUCAGCCAAGCACCAGCCAACCCGAAACAAGAUGAUGACCAACGUGGGAUGACAUAAGCUCAUUCAUCACGUGAGGCCGCGACUGUUUGGCAUCAAAGACUGGGAAGCUGUAGCCUGUCGGAAUCGAUCCCUCAGGUUCGCUGGGUCCGCCUCACGUCACUCAUCGAGACAACUUUUCGGCACGGCAGAAGAUGGCCAUUGAGCUUCGCACUUGACGACCUAGUCUCGACUGUAACCACGAACUCCUUCUCAAUCUCGAACUCGACCUCGGCCCCAACCUCAACCUCGAUCUCCACUACCUCUGGAACAACUCUAACCGUAGAGCCGCUUCUGUAGCACAAGAUUGCACUAGUCUGAUGAGAUCUGCUUCGGAAUCUGGCGCCCGUGACCACGCUCCCGCUUUACUCGUCCACCUGGUCCAUUUCCUCCUCAAUCCACUCCACCUCCCCAUUAAUCAAUCUCAAUCCGUCAGCACAUAUCCUUGACCAUCACGACCUUCUCUCAUUAUUCAGAAUCGCUCCUGCCUCUCCUUGCACUCACGUUGAACGAUCAACUUGACUGUAUCGCUAGCUGCGGCACUCUUGCCGUCUCAAGAUGAAGUUCUUCAUCGACGAAUUGCCAGUCCUUUUCCCAUAUCCUUCGAUCUACCCUGAGCAAUAUGCAUACAUGUGUGAUCUCAAAAAGACCCUGGACGCAGGGGGGCACUGCGUACUGGAGAUGCCUUCAGGGACAGGAAAGACGGUUUCGCUGCUCUCGCUCAUCGUCGCUUACCAGCAACACAACCCCGAGCACCGAAAGCUAAUCUAUUGCUCUCGUACAAUGUCUGAGAUCGAAAAGGCUCUCGCCGAGCUCAAGGCUCUCAUGAAGUAUCGAGCACAAGAGCUUGGCGAGGAGGAAGAGUUCCGUGGCCUGGGCUUGACAAGCCGAAAGAAUUUAUGCCUUCACCCAUCUGUAAAACAGGAGAAGAGUGGUUCCGUCGUCGACGCACGCUGUCGUAGCUUGACAGCAGGCUUUGUCAAGGAGAAAAAAGACCGCGGCGAGAACGUCGACGUUUGUGUCUACCAUGAUAACUUGGACCUGCUUGAGCCACACAACCUGAUUCCAAACGGAGUUUGGACGUUUGAAGGCCUCUUGAAGUACGGCGAGCAACAUAAGCAAUGUCCGUACUUCACCGCAAGACGCAUGAUGCAAUUCUGCAACGUUAUCAUCUACUCGUACCACUACCUACUUGAUCCUAAAAUCGCCGAGAGGGUAUCAAGGGAGCUCUCAAAAGACUGCAUCGUGGUUUUUGAUGAGGCUCACAAUAUCGACAACGUCUGCAUCGAAUCUCUCAGCACAGACAUCACGGAAGACUCUCUACGGAAAGCCACAAGGGGCGCGCAGAACUUGGAACGAAAGAUUACAGAAAUGAGGGACACCGACCAAGAGCAACUGCAAAACGAAUACCAGAAACUGGUCGAAGGACUUCGUGGCGCAGAUGAAGCACGGCAAGAAGAUGCGUUUAUGGCGAAUCCAGCACUUCCCGAUGAUCUGCUCAAAGAGGCGGUUCCGGGUAACAUCAGAAGAGCGGAACACUUUGUAUCCUUCCUAAAGAGAUUCAUCGAGUAUCUCAAGACUAGGAUGAAGGUCAGGCAUACGAUAUCGGAAACACCCCCGUCUUUCCUCGCCCAUCUCAGGGAAUACACAUUCAUCGAAAAGAAGCCACUCAGAUUCUGCGCCGAAAGAUUGACGUCACUUGUACGGACCCUUGAGCUCACCAAUAUUGAGGACUAUCAACCCCUGCAGGAAGUUGCUACAUUCGCAACGCUUGUGGCGACGUACGAGAAGGGUUUCCUGCUCAUUCUCGAGCCUUUCGAGUCAGAAACGGCAGAGGUACCCAACCCUGUCCUGCACUUCACGUGUCUCGACGCCGCCAUCGCAAUCAAGCCCGUCUUUGACAGAUUCAGCUCCGUCAUCAUCACGUCAGGAACAAUCUCACCCCUUGAAAUGUAUCCAAAGAUGCUGGGGUUCUCAACCGUUGUGCAGGAGUCCUACAGCAUGACCUUGGCCAGAAGAUCAUUCCUGCCAAUGAUCGUGACUCGUGGAAGCGACCAAUCUUCUAUUUCGACCAGUUUUCAGGUCCGGAACGAGCCGAGUGUCGUUCGUAAUUACGGCACUCUCCUAACCGAGUUCGCCAAAAUCACGCCAGACGGCAUGGUCGUUUUCUUCCCCUCCUACUUGUACAUGGAGUCCAUCAUCAGCAUGUGGCAGGGCAUGAAUAUUCUCGAAGAAGUCUGGAAGUACAAGCUGAUUCUGGUUGAGACACCAGAUGCACAAGAGACGUCGCUCGCGCUAGAGACAUACAGGACAGCCUGCUGCAAUGGCCGCGGCGCCGUACUACUCUGUGUCGCCCGUGGCAAGGUCUCGGAGGGCAUCGAUUUCGAUCACCAAUACGGUCGGACCGUCUUGUGCAUAGGCGUGCCGUUCCAGUACACCGAGUCCCGCAUCCUCAAGGCCCGUCUCGAGUUCCUGCGAGAAACGUAUCGCAUCCGCGAGAACGACUUCCUGUCCUUCGACGCUAUGCGCCACGCUGCGCAGUGUCUGGGUCGAGUCUUGAGAGGUAAGGACGAUUACGGCAUCAUGGUCCUCGCGGACCGUAGAUUCCAGAAGAAGCGGACACAGCUGCCCAAAUGGAUCAAUCAGGGCCUGCUUGAUGCCGACACAAACGUCAGCACGGACAUGGCCGUCAGCAGCGCCCGGCGUUUCCUCAAGCAAAUGGCCCAGCCGUUCCGAGCAAAAGAUCAGGAAGGUGUGAGUACCUGGAGUUACGAGGACUUGAUGAGGCACAAGGAGAAAAUGGACUUGGAGCGAAUUCAGGAGCUCGAAGAGGUUGGUGCUGGUGGGGACGGCUACGGCGCCGACGGAGGUGACGAGUAUGGCAUGGAUGAUGACCUCGACCAUGACUUGAUGGAGAUUGACGACGGGUUUUGAGGGCAUUAUGCCAGAGGAUCGUCCACCUCGCAAUUAUGGUGCAAGGCUCGAGGUGGUAGAGAUUCGUCACUUUCGCUGAGACGGUGCGGACGAGGAUACAGAAAUCUGAGAACGGGG